AUGUUCAUGUUUUCCUGGCCAAGUUGCAGGGACUACGAGGGCAGCCCCAUCUUGUGUAGAUGCUUCUAUAGUUAUCCAGAAAUGGUGGUGUCAGAUGCAGCCUUGUUUAGAAGGAGAAGACUGCAAAGUUCUACCAGACUUGUCAGGUUGGAGUUGUAG